CCGCAGCUCGGCCCCACACACACACACACACACACACACACACACACACACACACUCAGCCCAUCUGUCUGUCUGACUGUCUGUCUGUACGGACACCGCAGGCAGUCUGAUCGCGCACACAGCAGACAGGACUGCACGACCAUGAGCUCGGCGUUUUCCUGACGGCCUCCCUCCUCUCACAUCCUGCAGCUGAAAUCUGUGUGAUCUGUCCAUUCAGAGCAGAGGAGGAGGGGAAGCACUGCAGCAGCCAUGCCGGGCCUGCUCCACAUCACACUGACUGCUCUCCUGGCCGGCUGCUUUGCCUUCAGAUCGGGUCCGUCCCAGCGUGUCAUAGCCCUCAGUUCUCCUGUGGCUCGUCUAUUCUGGGAUGAAGGCCCGGCCCAGCCACACUUCAUCCAGGAAUUAGUCAGAACCAAACGCCACUCAGUCCCUGAGUUAGUCCGAGCCCAGCCUCAUUUGGUUCACGACAUGGGCUGGCCAGAGAUACAUGAAACGUCACGCUCCCAGGCCAAGAUGGACUCCGCUUACUCCUCUCAGGCGAACCCACCAUCGUCUGCCGGUCUUCAGGAUGUAGUCAGGACCCGCCCUGCUGUGGGUGAAAACCUCGAUGUGGAAGACAAGAUGGAGCGCAUGGUUCAUCUGGCGGUUCCCCAGGACGCACAAAGCUACCGGGGGGGCUCAGACUCCACCGACCCAGAGCAGGAGCUCCACGGUGGGCCAGGAGCGGGCGAUGCCUCCCUGGAGGCUUCAGGCUACUACGGAACGGACAUGGAGGACAGAGACAGAGGAGAGGAGGGAGGAGAAGACCGAGAGAGGAGAGGGGGAGAGGACGAGUGGGAGAGAGACACGGUGGAGGACAGAGAGAGGAGUGGGGGAGAGGCCGGAGGAGAGGAAGAAGAGAGGGGAGGAAGGACACAUGGUCAAGAUGUUCAUGCACUGGAUGCCAAUCACACAACUCCAGAUCUGGACGCUCUGAUUGGCUACAGUCCAUCUUUACAACCCUCCAGCUCACCCAACCAGCCCAGCAUCUCCCCCCCAGCUGCGGUGCAUGAUUCUGGGCUACACGAGCAUCGUGCUCCCCCUGUGCUGGAGGUGGGUCCUUUAGAGAGAGAGCUGUGGGAGGCGGAGCCGGAGGAAGCUGGUCAUUCCAGUGGCUACGGAGUCCUUCACUCCUCCGUCACCACUUCUGCUCCGACCGCUGCUGUGGGCGACGCCGCGGGAACGGCCACCCCGGAGACGGACACGGGCACAGACUUUGGGCUGCUGGGGAGUUACACGAAAGGUAAAUGAAAUGAGACCGAGGAUGAAGAGACAGAGAGGGAGGAAGAGGAGGUGGAGGAGGAGGAGGAGGAGGAGGAGGAGGAAACGGGUCUGCCACACAAAGGCGUAUUUACCCAGAAUCCCACUGUAGCAGAGGUUGGCGUGGCUCCCAGCAGAGAGCCCCUGCAGCCCAGUGUGGAGGAAGAGGACGAACACGAGUUAAAGGUCGACAGUUACGAAAGCGUUGGUGAAAUAAACGCAUUAUAUUUUUGUUUUCCCGCUCAAGGGGGGAAACUGCAAGACAGAAGUGAAGAGGAGGAGGACUGGAGACAGACGGAGGAGGAAGAGGAGAGAACGAGAAUAAGUCACAUCGUCCCGCUCACCACUGAUCCCGCCCUCACCGCCGGCUUCACCGACGUGUCCUGGGAUUGGCCGGGGAAGACCACGCCCCUGCAGACCUCGAGGUCAGAGGUCAGGGGCGGAGGGGUCACAGAGGUCCAUGAUGGUGAUGAGAUGGACGAGGCAGGGCAGGUGGUGUGUGUGGAGUGGAGCAAGAUGGUCGGACGUGGAUACGUCAUCCUCAACAUGACGCAGAACUUGAACUGUGAGGAGUUUCGUGUGGACCAGGGCGUACGGUUGUUGAAGGUCAUGGAGCGAGUGUUCGCUCGAAGAAUGAACAGCCCCGAGGGAUCAUGGUUAAUAUCUCUGAGCAAGCCGACACACCAGCAGCACCAGCUGCUGAUGAACGUGGAGUCUGAGCGCGGAGUGGUGAUCGCCACCAAGGAUGUGCUGAGCAUGCUGGGAGAGAUCAGGAAAAGUCUGAAUAAGGUGGGCAUCCAGAACUACAGUGCGGCCAGUAGCUGCCCGUCUCGUCCCAGUCAAACGCGCAGCGACUACGGGAAGCUGUUCGUGGUCCUGGUGAUCAUCGGCUCCGUGUGCAUGGUCAUCAUCACGUCUGGAUUCAUCUACAUCUGCUGGCAGAGACGACUGCCUGCAACCAAGACUACGUUUCGCACGGAGGAACUUCACUUUGUGGAGAACGGUUGCCACGACAACCCCAUGCUGGACGUGACCAAUGACAAUCAGUCUGAGAUGCAGGAGAAGAAGCCGAGCACCAAUGGGCUCUCGGGAGGAGGAGGAGGAGGAGGAGGAGGAGGAGGAGGAGGAGGAGGGGAGGAGAGCAGUCGCUGGCAGGUGUUUGUUAAUCAAGGAGCGACUGAGGAGGAGGAAGAGGAGCAGGACACACAUCUCUGAUGGACGAAGAGGAAGAGGAGACAGGUUAUGAAGGUCUUUGACAGACAGAUGUGAAUGGAGCUUAGAGGGAAGAAGAAGAAGAAGAA